AGAGAAUCGGAGGUUAUAAACGACAAGGAAUUUGUCUACGGGAAUCUCGAACACAACGCGCCAGUUUUGCUGUUUCUGUCCAGAUGUUUAAGAAGUGGAGCAAGGGAUUCACUCGAUCAUCCUUCCUGCUCAGACUGUGGGGAGGGAUUUACUCGAUCAUCUGACCGACUGGCAUGCCUGUCAGUUUACACAGGGGAGAGGCCAUUCACCUUUUCAGACUGUGGGGAUUCAAGGUACAUCAACAAGUUCACACUGGGACAAUUCUCCUGUUCUGUGUGUGAGAAGGGAUUCAGUCGGUCUUCCCACCUGUGGACACACCAGUCAGUUCACACUGGGCAGAGGCUGGUCAUCUGCUGAAUUUCUGAGGGAGGAUAUACGUGGUCAUCUGACCUAAUGGCUCACCAGCGAGUUCACACUGGAGAGAGGCCGUUUACCUGCUCAGACUGUGGGAAGGGAUUCACUUGUUCAUCUAAACUGAAGGUACAUCAACGAGUUCACACUGGAGAGAGGCCAUUCACCUGCUCAGAAUGUGGGAAGGGAUUCACUCGGUCAUCCUACCUAGUGGCACACCAGCGAAUUCACACUGGAGAGAGGCCAUUCACCUGCUCGGAAUGUGGGAAGGGAUUCACUUGCUCAUCCCAAAUGAAGGUACAUCAGAGAGUUCACACCGGGGAGAGACCGUUCACCUGCUCUGUCUGUGGGAAGGGAUUCACUUUGUCAUAUCACCUACUGAGACAUCAGUCAGUUCACACCGGGGAGUGGCCAUUCACCUGCUCAGUCUGUGGGAAGGGAUUCACUGAAUCAUCCUUCCUACAGAGACACCAGUCAGUUCACACUGGAAAGUGGCAGUUCACCUGCUCAGACUGUGGGAAGGGAUUCAAUCGGUCAUCUCACCUACUGACACACCAGUCAGCCCAUGCAGGGAAAUGGCCGUUCACCUGCUCGGACUGUGGGAAGGGAUUCAUUUCAUCAUCGCAACUGAAGGUACAUCAGCGAGUUCACACUGGGGAGAGGCCAUUCACCUGCUCAGACUGUGGGAAAGGAUUCACUCAGUCAUUCCACCUACAAGCACACUGGUCAGUUCACACAGGGGAGAGGCCGUUCACCUGCUCAGACUGUGGGAAAGGAUUCACUUCAUCAUCUCAACUUAAAGUGCAUCAGAGAGUUCACACUGGAGAGAGGCCGUUCACCUGCUCAGAUUGUGGGAAGGGAUUCACUCGGUCAUCUCAACUGCAGAGACACCAGCGAGUUCAUACUGGGUAGAGGCUGAUCACCUGCUCAGACUUUGAGAAGAGAUUCUCUCAGCCAAAUAGACCAAAUGUGCAUAAUUGAGUUCACACUGGGGAGAGGCCGUUCACCUGCUGUGAAUGUGGGAAAGGAUUCAUUCAGUUAUCUAUCCUUAUGAUACACUACCAGGUUCACACUGGGGAGAGGCCGUUCACCUGCUGUGAAUGUGGGAAGCGAUUCACUUGGUCAUCUAACCUCAUGUAACUCUUGCUUCGGCUAGCAGCUUAGUAUAGGGGGUGAUAGCACCCCCAGCCCGGCCAAGCUUAAGAAAUCUCAUUUGGGUGGAUGCUGCGUGAUGUGUCCCCUGUUACAAAUCAGUACCCCGAAAUAACAAACAGUACACAAUAUGUGAUUAAAUGAUUGAGCUUUGUAAUUCUUACUUUGACUAUAGGGUUAGUAAAGAAAACAAAAAAAAAAGGCCCACUCUCUCCGUUCGCGUCUUCUCAACUCUUCCUGGCAAAAGACCAUGAAAAUCUCUCUUCCAGACUCACAAGAAAGAAUAAAAUUUCUCUCCUUGGAUAGCCCCACAUUCCAAAACCCUGUUAUCUCCAGUCAUAACCUAAACAUUGCUGCUGCAGAGAAACCAUUCCCUCAGCAGUGAAACAUUACAGAGAGGCCAUUACAUGAGCAGUGAAACCUUACAGCAUGUUACACCUGUGACACACUACCGGGUUCAGACUGGGGAGGAAGUUUCAAUAAGCUGCAUGCUGGAUAUUUGUCCAUCACCGUUGCUGAAUGCAAUUUUGAGAGUGACUGUCGGUGCUGAACUCUGCAAUUAUUGCUGCUGCUCACCACACCCAGUUCUGCACCCUCGUCACUGGGCAUUGCAGCAGUUUCUUCUGCUGCAUAUUCACCUUUAACGGGACUGGAGUUUAAUAUUCUGCAUCUGUGACAAAUACAAGGGAUGAUUGAUAAGUUCAUGGCCUAAGGUAGAAGGAUGAUUUAUUAACUUAAAACUUUCCGCAUUUUCACUCAGAGUUGAACUGCAUGUGCAUGUAACGAGAGCUGUAUAACUCAUCUCCUUCUACCUUAGACCACAAACUUAUCAAUCACCCCUGCUAUGAACUACCUGGAGGUCCAAGACACUCUGGUUAUAUGCACGUGCAGUUCAACUCUUUGAGUGAUAAUGCAGAAAGUUUGAAGUUAAUAACUCAUCUCCUUCUACCUUAGGCCACAAACUUAUCAAUAACCCCUGCUGUAGACUGCUUCUACAAAGAAGGGAUCCGUAUGUUCCACGUCCGCUGAACUAAGUGUGUACAUGUAGGAGGGGACUAUGUGAAAAAUAGAUGUGCUAGGUUCUUUAAAAUUGACUUCCUCCACCUUAGGCCAUGAACUUAUCAAUCACCCCUCGUAAAUCAGUUCUAUUUUAAACUCUAUCUCCAGUACUUGGUGAAUUUAUAACCCACCUAGUGUACAGUAGAGAGCCAACUCAGGCAAGCUGGACCCUGCCAGUGAUUCAGUUCCACGACAGUCCUUUUAAAUCCUCCCCUGUUCCCCUCUCACUCUCCCUGUGGGGAUGGGUUCCAAACAGUCACCACUCUGUGGGUGAAGAGGUUUCCCUUGAAUUUCCUGCAGACUGAAGAAGUCGAGCUGACUGCAGUUCUGUCUGACAUGUUGUUCGCUCCUCUAAUCUCUGGGCUGAGGAAGAAUGACAUUAGUAGUUAACCUCUGUAUUCAGGGCUCAUUUCUACAUUAUGGGUCAUUUUCCCUGCUUCUAAACGGUUGUUAGAAAACACCCCUGUUCUCGAAAGACUGAAAGCAGAAUGGGAAACCAUUAGUUGGAUAUUCAACGGAGCAGGGUCAGAAACCAGAGGCGGGACUGCACAGGGCAGAGUUUGGGGCUCUGGACGAUGGUUGGGGUAAGAACGUAUGAUGAGGAGAAGGGAAUCAGCAGCGGGGCGUGGCAACGAAUGACAGAGUAACAACAUUUGGAAGCUGAUUGACAGAGAAAAUCUUCCGGUUCUCUGACUGGUGACACAAACAAUACCUGUUGUGAGGUGCUCCACUGGUCGAGGAACAUCUGUGUGUUGGGAAUGGUUUUAUCUAUUGAGGGAGUUGUUCCUGCUUGGUUAUCCUGUAAUAUUAUAUCCGGAUGGUUAUUAUGGAUUAUCCUAUCUGAAAUAAUGUGUUGAUUAUCAUAUCAUUUGUAAGAUUUUGACCCUAAAACUGGAUCAGGCUUGAAUUGAUGGUGUCUUUAUGAAGUGAUGGAGGGCAUUCAUGAGUUUGUAUUUUAAAGCAAGAUUCUGGUGAAUGAUAUUUGCCACUUGAUUAUACCUGUGUAAGUAAUCAGAUUGAGUUAAACUACUGCAGGAUCCCAGAAUCUGUUGGAUUGUGUCUGGUUUCUCUUGGCAUUUUCUGCAUUUAUUGCCUGAUUCGUUUGUCUUUUAUGUAUUUUUCUUGUCCUGUAUUUCCCCAAGGAACCCCUCUGUUUCUGGGAAGAGGUCUCCAACUCUGAGUCAGGCACUUGAUGCUUCCUUGUCAACAUCUCGUCUGCUCAGAUCGUUGGGAUGUCUCCCGUGGAGGGUUAUACCCAUUCCACUAGUUAACGUUUGCUCCCAUAGUAAAGAUUAAUUUUUCUGAGUUGGCCUCUCAUUUAAGUUUUCUGGUCUGUAUUUCUUAGCAGAAUUGCUUAUACCUGCAUGGUGUGCUGAGUCCUGUUUAUUUUUGAUGAAAAUAUAUACUUUAGAAAUCUUAUCAGACUGUUGGGUGAUUUUUUUCUUAAUGCCUGUUAUAGCUUUUGUCCUCAGUAAUGUUAAUCUAACUGUGUCUGUGUGUAAAUAGUCCUUUCUAAAUUUGUAAUUUCAGUUCUUAUUUUUCAUUGUAAUGUUUCCAGAUUGGAAUAGAACCAAGAUAUUUUGCCAAGGAGUACAUUAAUUUGGAAAUAGUGAAAGUUUAUUGCCUUUGCUGUAUUUGCUAUACCAUGGAAAUCUUUUUGGCAAGUAUCUUAAGCUUUGAAGUAAAUGUUUUUUGCUUUUUCACACUACUUUCUAUUUUCU